AUGCGAAAAGUUGCACUCAAGGAGUAUGAUAUAGAAGUAAUAUCAGAUUGGCUUAUCAGAAAAAGUUUGGCGAAUAUUUUUCAGACAACUACUAAUACUAUGGGUGGUCCAUCAGUUACGGCUGUUUCAAGGCUAAAGAAAGACUAUGCUAAGCUAAUGAAGGAUCCUGUACCAUUUGUUAUUGCUGCCCCUCUUCAUUCGAAUAUUUUGGAGUGGCAUUACGUUAUUAGAGGAGCACCUCAAACACCUUAUGAAGGUUAUUAUUACAAUCGUUUCAUUAAAUGGACUUUUGCUUAUUUUGCAGGUGGAUUAUAUCAUGGAAAACUCAUAUUUCCACCAGAUUUUCCGUUCAAGCCGCCAUCAAUAUUUAUGAUUACACCUUCUGGACGAUUUCAAACUAAUACAAGACUGUGUCUUUCGAUCUCCGAUUUCCAUCCAGAUACUUGGAAUCCUGCUUGGACAGUAUCAACUAUUAUAACAGGAUUGCUGUCUUUCAUGAACGAUACUGCUCCAACUUUAGGCAGUGUAACGUCAAGUGAUGCCGAAAAGCGUUCCCUUGCUAGGAAGUCUCGAGAGUUCAAUUUGAAGGAUCGAAUCUUUUGUGAACUGUUCAGUGAUCUGGCUAAAGAAAUACGAGAAGAGUUAGCAGACGAACAAAGCAAAUUGUCCGAUGAAAACACUGUAGAUGAUGCUACGUCGUUGAGAAGGUCUGGUGAAGAAGGCGACUACGCUACUUUGACGUAUAAUCUUGUGGUGCUUGCAGGCGUGGUCUUAAUUGCGUUUGCAUUGGACAUGAAGAUGACUCGACGAACUUUAGUAUCUGUGAGAAUGCUUUUGAUUCUAUGUGGUUGUGCAGUUUGCGUCAUUUGCACCAUCACACUUUUAUUGAGUUGCUCUUGCGAUGAACGAGAUGCCCUGAACGCAUUGCCUGGUUUUGCACCUUACAGUUUGUUAAGACCUCGAAGCAGUAAAAUUGUAGAUUUGCCUUCAGUCUAUUUAAUAAUUUCAAUUAUGUCAUCUCCAAGCGAUAGCGCUGUGCGUACUGUUAUUCGAAACACAUGGUUGCGGUCGUCCUCAAGAGCUUGGGUGGAGUUAGCUCAUGCUUCUAAAUUUGCAGGUAGAAGAACGUUUCGUCAUGUUUUUUCGAUUGGAACGAAAAAUUUAAGUCUACUAAUGAAGGAACGUCUUGAAGAGGAAAAUAAUUUAUUUGGUGAUCUAAUUUUCUUGGAAAAUCUCUCAGAUUCUUACCAAAACUUGGCGAAAAAAACCCUACUGACUUUACAAGCCUUACAUCUUAUGUAUAAAUUUCAGUUUUUACUGAAGGUUGAUUCUGAUUCGUUUGUUCGAUUAAAAGGGCUUAUGAAGGCAUUGAAAGAUAUUGAGCAUCCAAGAUUGUACUGGGGUUUCUUAGAUGGAAGAGCUAAACCGAAACGAAAAGGGAAGUGGGCCGAAAAAGAUUGGGUUAUAUGUGAUCGUUAUGUCCCUUAUCAGCUUGGGGGUGGUUAUGUUUUAUCCUACAAGUUGGUUGAUUUUUUUGUUCGAAACAUGGACCUUCUGAAACUUUACAGAAAUGAAGAUGUAUCGGUGGGAGCUUGGUUGGCCGGUUUAUCUGUUCGCUAUGUACAUGACCCUCGUUUUGAUACCGAAUUUCGUUCUAGGGGAUGCAACAACCAGUAUAUCAUCACUCAUAGUCAAACACCAGAAUCUCUAGUGAAGUUUUAUACAUCACUCGUAAAUACGGGCAAACUUUGUGAAAAGGAGUAUCGCAUUCGACCUUCAUACGUUUACGAUUGUGCGAUGCAUCGACUGCAAGGAGCACAUUUGGAAGACUCCAGUUUAUUUUACAAUGGUACAUGUCAAGCAGAGCUCAUUCUUUGGCAGUUAAUUGCUCCGUUCUCAAUAUUACUUCGAAAUAUUGCAGUACCUUGGAUAUUUGUUGGUUUUCGUUUCGCGCUGUCAAAUGGGUUUUGGCUGAAAUUCUCGCUUGAUUUUUUAUUCAUAGUGUUACCAAUAAUUUUAUCGUUGACAUUAUUCUCUGAUCAUAUUUCUGUGAUACUCUUACUGGAAUUAGUGGCUUUGCUUUCCUUAAUCGUAUUUUCGCUCUGUGAAUAUUGCUUCAUUGCUCGAGAAAAACCAACGCUAUAUCAGAUUUUUAGUCAAGUGGUUGAUGACCAGCAUUCGCCUACUAAAUUUGUUACUUACAUGAGAACUAUGGUUCUCAUUGCAACUGCAACAGCAAUAUUGGCUGUUGAUUUCGACGUUUUUCCACGACGUUUUGCCAAAACUCAUACUUACGGAAGAAGUAUUAUGGAUGUCGGCACUGCAUCCUUUGUUUAUUGCUUUGCUGUAGUCGAUGUGUUUAAAAACUUUCCAAGUAGAAACAAAUUCUCAUCUGCUCAAAGAAAUAUUCGAAAACACUUAUCAGCUGCUGUCUUGUUGUGUCUGGGUUUUGGAAGAACAUUAAUUUUGCAUCUGCUAAAGUAUCCCCAGCAGAUUGUUGAGUAUGGAGUACACUGGAAUUUCUUUAUCACACUUGCUUGUCUGAGGACUGUCGUGCAACUUCUUGGUCGUCGCUUUCAUUUACUAUUUGGUUUGGUUAUUAUUUCCGUUUAUCAGUAUUUACUAAGCGAAAAAGACUUACAGAAGUGGCUACUUUCCGAAAGCGCUCCCAGAGAUAAUCUUGUUGCAAUGAAUCGUGAAGGCAUUUUUUCCUUGUUUGGAUAUUUGUCACUGUAUUAUUUUGCGUCCUCGAUUGCGAGUUUCAUGUCUUCUACAGGGAUAAGGCUUAAAUCGUGGUUUUGCAAAACGUUUCAACUGUUGGUGAUCGCUAUAUUUCUCUUCUUCGCUCAAAAAUCGUCAGAAAUAUUUCUAGGACCACCUUCACGAAGAAUUGCAAAUCUGCCAUAUGUUUUAGAAAUGCUGGUCUUCAAUACUAUUUUCAUGGCCAGUUGCUUAUUAGUGCAGUUGGCUUCUAUUUUUGGAUGGGCAGCGCAAAUGCCACAGUUUUCUGUCGGAAUUCGUGUCGACUUUUUUCCUCUUAUAUAUCAAUUUCACAUAGAUUUUGCAGAUGAAAGUCCUUUCGAACGUUUAAAACCAUGUGUGCUCGAUUCACUUAACCAGUAUGGCAUGCAGUUUUUCCUGCUUACAAAUAUUCUUACGGGUUUUAUUAAUUUAAUCAUAUCAACCAUUUCUGUAACUGAUAUUUACCAUUCUACAGCUGUUAUUAUUGUAUAUAUGUUUACCUCUUGCGCAGCUAUUCAUGUCUAUAAAAGAUUAAGGUUUAUUCCUUAA